GCUGGCACGUCGUAGUUUACGUAAACUAGGCCUGGCACAGGACAAGUGUGUCGGUGACAGCGCUCUUUCUGGACAUCUUGCGGCGUUCGUUCUUUUGUGUUUUACAUAUAUUUUUAAAAACCGUGGUGGCUAUGGCGGAUCCACGACUGCGGCAAAUUAAAAUUAAAACCGGCAUAGUUAAACGGAUAGCAAAAGAAGAAGUUCUUUAUAUAAAAGAAGCAGAACAGCAGGAGGAAAAGAUAGAGCGUCUGAAAGCAGAAGGAGGAGAUGAGUAUGUCAUUAAGAAACAGAUGGAAGUCUUGCAGGAGUCACGGAUGAUGAUCCCAGAUUGUCACCGGCGCCUGGUUACGGCCCAUGCGGACCUCUCGCAGUUUCUAGAAAUUGAGGAAGACUUGGCAGAAUCAGAAGAGUACAAAGAAGCAAGAACUAUACUGGAUUCUGUGAAGCUGGAAGGAUGAAUUACUCUUUAAUUUUCUCACACCAUUAAAUGCAUCUUAAGUGUCCAUUCCAAUUUCAGAUAUUGUUUAAACAAAUGACACAACCAAAUGGUUUUUUUUUUUUAUUUGUAUGAUUAAAAAAAUAAUCCUCAAGUCUCUGAAUUCUUGUCUUGAGUGUUUCACUGUUGGAAAUGGAAAAAUAAAUUUUUUUCGUAA